AUGUGGUCAGCCUGGGUUUUUGCCUCCCUCUACUUCCCUGCUCUCCAGGUCGCGCCGCUAUACCUUUGGUACAACCAGCCGCGCUCACAGACCGUGUACCAACGCAUCGCUGCUCCCGCCGUGGCGGCCGGGAUGGCGGGGUGGGCGCUGCGGGCGGCGUUGGGCCUACGGGCGCCGGGCCUGGCGGCGGCCUGCAUCCUACCGCUGGCGCUCACCGCGCUGCUGUUUGCAGGCCCGCUGGUGGCCCUGGCGGGCAGCCCUGGCGGGGUGUGGCAGCAGCGGGGCGCGGCCCUGCCGGGCCUCGUGCGCCUGCGCAACUGGCUGGCGGCGCCGCUGCUGGAAGAGUUCCUGUACCGGGGCUGCCUCAUCUCCUACCUGCUAGCUGCCCGGGCAGGCCCCGGCGCCUGCGUCUGGCUGUCCCCGCUGCUGUUUGCCGCCUCCCACCUCCACCACCUGCACGACCUGACCCGUUUCCAGGGCCUGCCGCUGGGCAGCGCGCUGCGAGCGCUCGCCUUCCAGCUCUCCUACACCACCGCCUUUGGCUGGCUGGCGGCCUACUACUUUGUGCGCACCCGCCACCUCGCUGCCGCCGUGCUGCCCCACGCCUUUUGCAACUUUGUGGGGCCGCCGGCGCUACCGCUGCCAGGCUCCAAGCACCGACGAGCCACCACGGCCGCUUACGCCGCCGGCCUGCUGGGCUUCUUCUGUUUGCUGCGCCCGCUGACCGAUCCGGGGCUGUAUGGCAACACCUGA